AUGGCUGCGGACAGUAAGUCGGUGCAGGCGGUGAAGGGGCUGGACAUAGCGGUGAUGGCGGGGAAGUGGUACACCAUAGCCAGCAUCCCGCCCAAGGGGCAGCCGACGGACAGCAGCGGCAACACGACAACGUAUACGGUGAACAAGGACGGGGCGAGCCUCAAGGUGGUCAACGAAGCCAUCAUGGCCAGCGGCAAACACGGGAAAGUGGAGGGUAAGCUGGCGAAGGCGAAAGAUGCAGGCGACGAGGCGCGGUUUGGGCAGACGUUAUGGGUGCCGCCGUUUGCGCCCAUCAUUCCUGUGCACACGGACAUCUGGGUGAUGGCGACGGAGGAAGGCGAGAACCCCCAGUACAUGCUGCACGGCCAGCCCGCUAAGCAGGCGCUCUGGAUACACAGCAGAACUCCGGAGUUGCCUAAGGAGGUUGUUGAUAAGCUGCUGCAGUCCCUCCUCUCCGGCCAUGCUGUUCAAGCCGUGUCGCGCGUGUCCAUGGCUGCGACCGUGAGAUCGCGCGUAGUCGCCGCGUCCUUCAUGGCGCCGGCUCGUUCCUCGGCGUCGUCCCUCGCGGCUUCGUCGUCGUCUCUCAUGUCGCCGCUCUCCGCGGCGUCCCUGGCGCCCGCCACCACCCGCCGUCAAGUCUCGUCCUUCUCCACGGCGCCCCGCGCUCAGGCGGGGGCGGAGCCGACGGUGACGAACAAGGUGUAUUUCGACGUGGAGAUCGGCGGCAAGCCCGCUGGUCGCAUCGUGCUGGGGCUCUUCGGAGAGAACGUGCCCAAGACCGCCGAGAACUUCCGCGCCCUCUGCACCGGCGAGAAGGGCUUCGGGUUCAAGGGGUCGGCGUUCCACCGCGUGAUCCGCGACUUCAUGAUCCAGGGCGGCGACUUCACCGCCGGCAAUGGCACGGGCGGCAAGAGCAUCUACGGGCUCAAGUUCGCCGACGAGAACUUCCAAUUGAAGCACACGGGCCCCGGUAUCCUGAGCAUGGCGAACGCGGGCCCCAACACGAACGGCAGCCAGUUCUUCAUCUGCACCGUCAAGACGCCAUGGCUGGACAACAAGCACGUGGUGUUUGGGCAGGUGUUGGAGGGGUUGGACGUGGUGCGCACCAUAGAGGGCCAGCAGACGGACCGCAUGGACCGGCCCAAGGCCGCGUGCCUUGAAGAGAUCAUGCUUUCCUCGAAAGGUGCUGCUGCUGCACCAUUCAAGCCAGCAUCCCCCCCACCGUAUCACCCACUGCCUGCCCACCUCGCUCUACCAUUCACUCUCGCCGCCCUCCACGUCCCUCAUUCCUCUGCUCGCGUCGCUCGUGUCGCCGCCAUGCACGCCACGCCGCACUCCACGCUGCCGCGCAACGCGCUGCGAGUGGUGGUGGUGGCGGCCGUGGUGCUACUGGCGUACUUCCUCGGGCCGCCCAUCUACUGGCGCCUCGCCGCCACCGACAACGGCCCCGACGCGCCCAUUUCACCGGAAGUCGACCCCGAGGUAGAGCGUCUGAGGUCCGUGGUGGAGGGCGCGGCUGCUGCUGGGAAGGGCGGUGGUGGUGGGGAGGAGAGCAGCACUGUGGGCGGUGCAUCAGAUGGUGCUCACGAUGGUGGGGGGCCGCAGGGGCCACGCGAGCAGGCACACAUGGGGUUCGAGGGGACGAGGGCGGGGGGCAAUCCGGUGGGACGGGUAAACAGCAGGGACGGGGAAGGGGAAGGGGAAGGGCAUGGCGAUGCGGAUGGUGCUGGGGGGACACGUGCGGAGGGGGGGGUGGGCGAUAAGGGUGCUGUGGACGGGGCGGAGAGCAUGGGUGCAGACCUGGCGCGCAAUGGGGAGGGCAGGGAUGGGGAGGGCGAAGGGGGUGAAGGGGGCGAGGGUGGUGAGGUUGGGGAGGGUGGUGAGGGUGGUGAGGGUGGUGAGGGUGGUGAGGGUGGGGAGAAGAGAAAGGAGGAGAGUGAGGGGGGAGCAGGAGUGGAGAGAGAUGGUGCAGGGAAGGGUGGGGAGGUGGUGGAGGAGGGCGAUGAGGGAAAAGAAGAAACGGGGGGAGAUGAUAAGGGUGGUGAGGCGGAGGAGGUGGAGAGAGGCAGGGAGGAAGGGGCGUCAGGGCACAGUGAUGGUGAGGGGGAGCAAGACCAGGAGGAGAAUGCUCCAGCGGAGGAGAAUGGCCGCGAUGCUGCACACACUCAUGCACAUGCAGACGCAGAUGCAGGUGCGCAUAGUGGCAGGACGAGUGGUGGCACGAGCAGAGGUGACUCAGGAAACAGAGCGGAGCCAGAGGAGGAGCAAGGUGGUGCGGAUGAGGAAGCAAGCAGUGCAGAGAGCAGGGAGGAAGGGGAGGAGCAAGAUGCGGACUCCAUCCGAGUCAAAUCAUGUAGGAGCACUACACAUAUCGACAGCCAUCAACAGCGAGAAUAG